GUGACGUAGUUCCGCAUCCGCCUGGGCGUCGGGGUGGCGGUGGUGCUGCGGGCCGCCGCCUCCUGCCUCGCUCCUGGCCUGCGCUGCACCUCGCUCCUCCCGCUCAGCAAAAUGUCUGGAACUGAUGAUUUUUCGUUGGCAGAUGCUUUACCAGAUCAGUCGCCUGCUAAAACCUCCAAAGUGAGCAGUACAAAACCCGGUCAGCAGCCUGGUCAGCCACCGCAGGGUUGGCCAGCUUCAAACCCGUGGAACAACCCAAGCGCUCCCCCUACGGCACCCGCCGGACUGCCACCAAAUACGUCCGCUUCCAGCGUGCCAUUCGGACCUCCUCCAACAGGAAUGUAUCCUUCAAUGCCCCCUGGACCGCCUGCUCCAUUUCCUCCUCCUCCUACUGGACCCUCUUGCCCUCCUCCUGGUGGUCCAUAUCCACCCCCAACUGUGCCAGGUCCUGUCCCACCAGGGCAAUAUCCUCCACCAAAUAUGCCCUUUCCAGAGCUUCCAAGACCUUACGGUGGUCCAACAGAGCCAGCUGCGCCUCCUGCUCCUGUUGGGCCAUGGGGAUCCAUGCCCUCUGGAGCAUGGGGACCAACAAUGGGAGGGCAGUAUCCUGCACCUAGCAUGCCAUAUCCACCCCCAGGGCCAUACUCUGCUCCUACCCAGACUCCAGGGGCUGCGCCAACAGUACCAUGGGGUACAGUUCCACCCGGAACAUGGGGACCUUCACCGCCAGGUCCAUUUCCUCCACCCACAGGAUCAUAUCCAGCUCCAGGACUAUAUCCAACACCCCCUAAUCCUUUUCAAGUGCCAUCUGGUCCUGCUGGUGCUCCAUCAAUGCCUGGUGGUCCCCAUCCUUAUCGUUGAACACAUUCUGGGCAGCAAAAUACUGUAGCUUUCCACCUUCAUCCACUACUUACAGAGAUUUUUACAGUUUUUGUUUCAGUAACGUUGGGGCUAUGAAGAAUUCUUGCCUCUUGUAUGUGCAUUUGAGGUAUGAAGGAGCAGUUUGCAUAAAUUUACCGUGCUCAUACGCUGGCAUAAUUGUUCGGUUUACUAAAAUGAAUUACGAAGAGCAGAAAUCAAACUAACGUCUGUGGCUCCUAUUGUUGGCAAGUAUUCCUUGGAAAAAAGAGGAGCUGCCAAGUAAGGAUGAUAAAGAAGCAGGCCCAAGGACUUAAUAAUGUUAAUUCUUCAAUUUCCAUGAAUGCUUUAAGUCUUUGUUGCCAGACGUGUGCUGGUCACUGAAUGGAUGGAUAGUCAUAUUUUGUCUAUUUUCAGGUUAUUCUAAAAUGCCAAUAAAAAGUGUUUCGAGAUCUUUUUUUUGUCAAUAGAUCUAAUUUUUUGAACGUGCUACAGUAAUUUCAAACUAAAGAGACAGAGGAUGUGAACUUGAAGGUUUUCUCAGCAUUUUGUAUAUACUCAAACAAUCGCUCAGUCUGGGACUGCGGAGGAGAAGACGCGCGUUGGAAACACUCGGUCUGACUCGUCGGCACACUGUUCGUGUUCACAAACAGGCAUUUAUGUGCAAAUUAAAUAACCUGGAUGUGCAGCUAACUUUGAAUCAACAAAUGUGAGUUUUAUGCAUGCAAAUGAGGACAUCAUUUUGCCAGUUCUCAUUCUGUGGUGGUUGGAAGUUUGGCUUGGUCUGUGUAAAGAGAAACUGAUCCCCAUUUAGGUAAGGUACUUCCCUAUUUCUAACCUGGGUUCUAGUCCUUUAAAAUUUGACUUUGCUGCUGGGUUGUGUAAACCCAGCAGACUUUUUAGAGUCCCUGGAAACUGAACUUGAGCUUAAAAGAUCAAAAAAUCCCAACCUGACAACUCCUUUCCCAGCAGUUUAGUUCUGUCAGCUACAAAGAUCCUUACUGCCACGGUUGAGAAUGAGGAGGUCUCAUUGGGUCUCUGCUGGAUGUUGUGAUAGGAGAAGUCCUCUGUUCUCAGCCAGGUGUCUGCAUACCUCACUGAGUAAGUGUAUCUGGGGAGUAAUGAAUGUCUGGAAGUCUGUGCGCUGCUGUGUAGCUGUCCCUCCUCCUUGGAGGCACGCAGUAAGUUUUCAUAUUCUUGCCAUAUCUGUGCAAAGAGCAUGCAAGGGGUUUGCUGCAAUGCUAAUUUAGCAUUACCAAGACACACAGCCAUGUGUCAGUGAGGAGUUCUGGCACUCUUUGUGGUACUUCAUAGCCUAGACUUAGACCACAGUUUCUUUCAUCCCCAGCUGGGGAUAUCCUAACUUAGCUUCUGUAAGUAGAAUUAGGAACAAGUUUUGCUUAACAUGGUAGCUCAUUAGGGGAGUCUUUGUAUCACGGAACUGUGAAAGUGAAUUAACUCUCUUCCAGUACCUUGUCGUGACUUCCUGCAUGCAUGUGAUGGACUUCUUCAAAACGAACAGGGUGACCUGGAGAUGAUGCUUGGUAGAAGUCUUAGCCUUUAUGGCAAAGUCCUGCAGUGUUCUUGCAGGAGAAACCAAUCAGCUAGGCUGUGGCUGUUUUUAAUGUAAUGUCAUGAAAGCUCAUAGCAAAGGUAUGUGUAGUUUUUGUCUUAGAAAGACAAUACUGGAGCUGAACAAAAAUAUUUAACAUCUCAGCUUACAACCAGCAUCUGUAACCCUAGAAGGAGGAACCUGAAGUGCAUGUCUUCACUAACCUUAAACGAGCCCCAAUUGCCCCCCGCCCCAACAGACUUGGCUUAGAUCUUGGCAAGACUAAUUAACACAAGAGAACAUUGACUUACAUUUGCUCAAGUGCUUUUUUGAUACCUGCAGCCUUAGAUUCUAAAUCAGUGUAAUGAAAAAAAAAAACCCCAACCCCACUCAUUGCAAAUGAAUGGAUCGUGCAGCAGCAGCAGCACUCCGGUUUGGAAUUGCACUGGUCAGGUGUCUUUGCAGGGAACAGGGAGAGGUAGGAAAAGAUAAAGCAAACCUGGUAAGUGAUGGUUUUUUGGAGAGGGGAUUUGUAAAAGUAACUAGACUUCUAGGUUCUUCCUGAAAUAGGCAGGAUUUAUUACUGGAACAUUUAGGCUAAAAUUCAGUAUAUAUGGGAUGUUUUUUCAAUGUAUAUUCGUAUUUCUUGAGGUCAUGGAAACUGUUUCAUAACCCCUUUGUUUUUGUGAGCAGAGUUCUUUGCCUAGCAGUGAAAAGGGUAUAUACCUGUUAAUCUAUUGUGUAAAAAAUAAAAAAAAAG